AUGUCUCUUAAAGACCGUUCCUUCCCAAUGAGCCCCGGCAUAGUUCUGAGCGUUUUCUGUUUGCUUCUUUACUCCGUUGAAUUCAUUCGAAACGAGACUAAGUUCAAUGAGUAUGAACGAAGGUUGAAAACUGUGGAGGAAUUCAUGCCUCAAGAUAAAAUGACACAAGCGACGACGGAUUAUCCUCCCACUGAACAAGGUGAUGUCUGACUGCAUUUAUUUUAAUUGAUACAUGGUUGUCUGUGUUUGUUGCUAGUCAUGCUUAUUUAAAGGUAUUUAUGUAAGUUACAAGUUUCUCUGAACUGUCACAGGAUUAAGUUUUUGAUCAAAAGUACUCGAGAGCUGAUGGUCGUCUCCUCUGACUUCUGUUUUAGCAUAAUAGAUUUGAACUAGAUUUAUUUUCCCUCCAUUGAAAUAUGGAAAUUACCGUGUAUCUAACGACGUAAAAUAAAAGUUAACCAUAUGGACGACUCUUGUUUUACAUCAUGUUCAUUCUCUAAUAUGUUGGAGACUUGCCAAGGACAAAAACGCAAAUGUUUUCAAGCUCAGCAAUACACUAAUAUUUUUUAAAUAGCGACAUUGAAAUAGUGGAACCGAUGUGUUGCCCACCGUUUUGUGAACAAGAAAUGAAAGCUUUCUCCCAAGUCUCUUGGUGAACAAGAAAGUAAAGCUCCCUGUCAAUACCCUUGUAAACAUACAGCUUUAAAAUAUUCAUAGCUUCUCGUUAAGCUCGAAAUGAUUAUAUUUGUGGAGAAAUCAAGUCAAGAGAUAAACAUGAGCCAUUUGACAAGGGGUUAAAUUUAAAUUUCUUUUACGUCACUCUUGAUAACUGGAAAGGAUUUCUGUCCUCGCUCCGGUCAAAUAGACCUUUUUACAGUUCCCAGCACCAUAUUGGACAUGCAACCGCGUACACGUGAGAACGAGUCUGGGGUUGACUCGUGUUAAAUCUCUGUGAGCGCUUUUGGUGAAAUUCGUGAGUGGGCAGUAAAAUUGUUCGAUUUUUAAGGAAAAUGAAUGGUCCUAGCCGAAAUCUCGAUAAAGCUAAUUUUUCUUCGAAAAAGAAAGGAAAGCAGUGUGCCGCUUUUGGUUGUUCAAAUACAUUUUAUGGCCCCAAUGGUUUGCCUACGAGCUUUCACUUCUUCAAGUUUAUGCACGGAGGCAUGUAUUUUUGCUAAGUAUUUAUCGUUCUAUACUUAUCUUAUUCUCUGUGAAUUAUGGAUGAGGGUAACUAUUGUCGCAAGAUUAGUACAAGUUUUCUAUUACGUACCUGAAUUGUUUUAAGUUCAAUAGAGUUUUUUUUAUUCCGGCAGUAACUCAAUAAGUUCAGUACUGAUCACCUUUUUACUACAUGGCUUGCCUUAAACACUCCUAGCAGAGAAACUCUUAGAAAGUAACUGCUUUUAAUAAAAUAACCAAGACACUGUAUCUUCAGAGUUUUCACUUAUUAUGGCAGACACAAAUUUUGCAGUAAUUGUGACAAAAGCAGUUUUCAGUAGUUGUUGUUUUUGUUUUUUAUGAUAGCAUAGUAACCCACUAUGGAUGCCAGAUGGAACUCUCAAAAAAUAUUUUGUGUGCUUUAUGUAUCAAUCAAUUUGAUGCUUCAAACUGAAAAAAAGAAAAAGUGAGUUUCACUAACUGAAAGAGUUCUUGACACAUAGAUGAACUAUGACACUAAAUUUUAUCAUUCACAAAAUUGUCCUCAUAAUAAAAAUUUUGAUUGAAGUCUCGCAAAAAAUAAUUUCUCAUACAACUGGAUGGUCUGAAAGAUUCUCUUUCAAACAAAUCUUAUGGUAACUGUAACAGUAUAAAAUAUAUAUCUUGAUUUGGAUAUAUUUCUCAAUCUUUUAAGUAUCUUCUUUACAUCUCAAAAUUAUAUUAUCGUAACAUUGGUUCACACAAUGCAAUAAGAACUAGUAUAGCAAACCUUUGUGUCAGAAGGCCUCUGAGUGCUAAGAAUAGGAAGAUCAAUUCACAGAAUGUUUAUCACUGACAGAAACUUAAAUGUAUGUAAAGGACUAGCAUUGUUGAGAUCAGUAGCUGAGAGGUAGCAUUUCUGUUCUCUUCCUUUAACCCUUAAAUACCCAAGAUCUGAUUGUUAAUUCUCCCUUAUGAGAAUUUGGUGUAAGAUCAAGACAACUUCUGCCUGAUAAGUUUCAGUAUUAUCAUUAUCUGUUUGCUGUAUAGUGUUUGGAUAUUAUAGGGAAACGUUACAUGAAUCAGUCACUUUUGGGAGUUUUUAAAUUGUCUAAUAUUUUGGUCUGAUUCUUUCAAUGCUGUCUUGCCACCUAAUAAAUUACCACGAGUCGUGAACUGAAAUGGUUUUCAAUGUAUCACGAGCAUAAGUUGUCCUGGGCCAGAUGGGUUUCAAAAUAUUAUGACAUCUAUUAGUUACAGUUUCCCUCAUGGGUUGAUAGAAAGAAAGGUUAUAAUCAAGUGGUUCUACAGUCUCUAUUGCAUAGUUUCCCGUAAGAUACAAUGUACAAAUGGCAAACUAACAUAUAUCUUGGUAAACAAAAUGGGAACAACUUUAACUGAAGAAUAUGGUACAACAACAAGUACCACAUCAACAACAGCAGCAAUAACAAAUCUCCUCUACCUAGAGGACUACAGCCUUUGCCUCGCUUUCUAAGCCAUAUUGAACAACUUCUGUGGUACUUCCUGUGAUGCGUUCGUCUCAAAACGAUGUGGCGAUAUUCUCGUGAAACAACGGGGUAAUCGUAAAGCUCGUAAAUUACGGAGAUCGCUCGACCAUCCAAGGGCUGAAAUCCUUACCAUAGUUGCUUCGUAUUUGAAGUCGCUCUGGCCUUGUUCAAGGUCCUGAAAAUCUGUGAGAAGUUCUUGGUUUUCUCCACUACUCGAUGGAAGGACGUGUUACAUCAGCAAAGCAUAAACAUAAUAAACAUAAGCAAAAGUCGGUUCUAAUUCCGCCUGUCGAUUUUGAACUAGAUUUUAAAAUCUCCCUGAGAUCUUUUGCUUCGAGUUUCUGGAUGUCAUCUAAUGACGAAAUUUCCAUAUUGUUGUAUCAAGACAAGGGAGGGAGAAAUCACAUUGGAAAGUGCAUUAGAACGUGGUCAACCCCAGCCUCGUUAUCGUGUGUGCGCGGUUGCUAAUCUAAUAUGGCGCCGGGAGCUGUAAAAAGGUCUAUUGUCGUUUGCUUCUAGUGUUUGUAGUUGAACUUGGAUCUGUAUCAUGUUAUUUGAGAUGAAAAUGAAGGGUCCUAUUGGGUUACUCUCCUAUUCUAUUGACAUAUUUGAUAUAUUUUCAGUCAUACAAACCACCUCUGCCGAGCUUGAAAUCAAUCGACUGAAGCGUAGUAUUUCACACCCACCACCUUUUAAUAAUUCAGCUGGGAUUAGGAAAAUGAUAGAGGACAUUGUUUAUUUCACUUGGAGUAUUUGCCACAACAAAGCUGGUUUGAAUGUUUGUCCUCGUGGCCGGCCAGGACCUCCGGGGAGAGCAGGACCCAAAGGUGACAAAGGAACGAAAGGCCCCCGAGGAAUUAUAGGAGCUCCUGGUCGGAGCGGAAAACAAGGAAAGAUGGGACCAUCUGGAGUAAGAGGAGAAAAGGGAAUUAAAGGAGACAUCGGGCCACCGGGUAUCCCAGGUAUCCCGGGAAUUAAAGGGGAAUCAGGAGAGUCUCUUUCGCCUCCAAAUGUAACAAAAACUAAUUGUCAACGAAACCAAGACAGCCUCGCUUCUAUGCUCUGCUUCUGGAAAUCCCGCCGUUCAAAUAACUUGGUCAAAGGCCAAGGGAUCGUUGCCUAG